AGACAGAAGAUCAUCUUCAUUCUAACCCUAAAGCAAAACGUCUUCCAUAUUUUAUUUGUAGGGGACGGACGCUACGCAGGGGCAACGUUCGACGAUGGAGACCCUUUGGUUACAGCGGUCCUCCAGCGACAUACCCUGGGGUUUUCGACUUCAGGGGGGCCGGGAAUAUGGAACCAUUCUACAAGUUCAAAGGGUAACCCCUGGUAGCGUAGCAUCUAGUGGUUUAAAACCUGGUGACACUAUUAUGAAGAUUGGACCAGUCAAUGCUACAACUUUGUCACACAAUGAAGGACAAGAACUUAUUCGUAACGCAGGGAAUAUUUUGCAGCUCACUAUUAAAAAGCUAAGUGCGUCGUGUCAACCAGACGGUCCCAUGUCCCCAAAUAGAUACCAGUAUGACAGUCAAGUAUCAGCUCAACUGUUACAGGGUUCACCACGAGCCCAGCAGCAACAACAACAGCAACAGCAAUCAUAUGGCUACAGUCUUUCACAGGAUAACUCAAACCAACCUUUCAGAAUACAGAUACAACACUCUAAGACACCGUCUUAUCCAGAAACUAAUUCGUUCAACAGUCGUAAAUAUAUAGACACUUCUCAACAGCAGGCUCCAAGCUAUUCUAGUCCCAAUUACCAGCAGAAUUACGAACAGCCUAGCUACGGUCGUCAGAAUUCUCAACAAGCUCGAAGUCAGCAAGACACCUAUGAAGCUCAGCCUUACACACAGUAUAAAAGACAGACUUCUCGUGAUCCAAAUUAUGGAGUCCAGGGUGUGCCGCAAUAUCAAUCACCCAGAGUGCAAUCUUCUCCUCAGCAUAUACAAAUACACUAUCAACAACAGACACCACAAGAACAACAACAGCAACAACAAGCUUUUAGCCCGACGUCUUAUAAUAAACCUCAACAAUUUUCUAAAUACUCGGAUAAUGUGUAUGGUGCUAAUCAGACUUCUUAUUCGUCUAGUCAACCCAAAAGCCCUUCCACUUAUCAGGCUCCACCGUUCAGUCCUGGAGGAACACCUUAUUAUCAAGAGGAACUAAAAUCUCCGUCCUAUAAAAGUCCAAUAUUACCUGGAGGAGGUACGCUGAACAGAAGUUUCAGUAACGAGCCACAGCCACAAAGUAAUUCAUAUUCUCAGCCCCCGCCCUCUACGUAUUAUAAUACAAUUUCUCCGACGGGUACUUAUAGUCGUAACGCUAGUUCAGAUUACAAUCAGACCGAUUAUUCUCAGACGUUCCCCAGAAGUUACAAUAGACAAAGUUCACAGCCAACUUCACCUUAUGUCAGUGACCAAGUAUCGUAUGGUUCACCAUCACAAAACACAUUCUCUCCCAUACCGACGUCCAACCAACCUAGUCUAUUUAGUAGAAGUACCUCCCAACCAGCACAGAGUUAUGAUCCAACACCUGAACAACCAGCACAUAGUGCCACAUCAAGGGCGACAAUGAGCCCUUUAAGACAACAAAUGAAUCAGUUAGCAAGUCCGACGAGUGCGAGUUAUCCAUAUGGAUCUCAGCCGACGUCCUACGGAGCGCAACCAACGUCACCACAAAUAGUUCCAGCCGCACCGUCAUUUAGCCAGUCAGCUCAACCAAUGUCACCACAAAGAGUUCCAGCUGCACCGUCAUUUAGUCAGACAGCUCAACCAAUGUCACCACAAAGAGUUCCAGCUGCACCGCCAUUUAGUCAGGCAGCCCAACCAAUGUCACCACAAAGAGUUCCAGCUGCCCCACCAUUUAACCCAGUGCCUGUAGCACCACCUGUGGGAGCUCUCGAUUCUUUCAGUAGUCCAUAUUCUUCAUCACAACUUGGUUAUGGAGCUGUAAGUCCGGACCUCUCUUCACUUUCUCUGACUUCUGAUAGCCUUGACCAAGGAUUAAACGUUCCAUAUGAAAUGUCAGAACCUGCUGUUCUAGCUCCCCUUCCCCCUCCCCCUCCACCUCCCCCUCCUCCACCAUCAGGUCCCCCGCCCCCACCUCCCCCACCUAUGCCACCAUCAUUAGCUGACUGGAGACCAGAUGACCAGAAAAGAACAUCUAAUUCGAACUCCAAUCAACAAGAUGGUAAUAAAGUACCUGACGGUUUAAUAAGUGCCAUGAAUAAACCGGGUAAAAAACCGUUUUCGUAUGGAAUUGACUUGGAAGAACUCAAACAAAGAACAUCGAGACAGUCUCCAGCAGUGGCUCCUAAAGCUAAGAAACAGCCUGUACCUACUCCAGCUGGACCACCAGGUACAGCUCCUAAACCAGGCGUAGCUAAAACUAACGUAAUGCCAGGAGGACCUCCAGGAUCUGGCUCAACUUACAAAAAUCAGUCAGAAACUUUACGAAUGGUCCAAGAACGCGAAGCAAGUAAGAAUGAACCUCGUUCUGAAAUAGAUGAGAGUCAUAUACAUGUAAACCCUACAGGUCCUAAAGGAAAACAAUCUAUGUCCUUUAAAGUUUUGCAAUGGAUGACAGACACACCGGAAAAUCCAGCAGAACCAAUUGUUGACAAACCUAAAUCGAAAAAACAGAGGAAUCCCCUGUUGCGUCAUAAUUCGGAGGAUGAUGAAAUGAGAUUUUCGGGACUUCAUGGUAAAGCAGAUAUACCGUCUAAAGCAUUUGGUAGAGUACAACACAUGAAAACAACUGAUUCACCACCACCACAAGAUCAACAAGAUAAUGACCAACAGAUAGGUAAUUAUGAUGAAACAUCUAUAAGAUAUAAAGGGAAGUUCAUCCCAUCACCCUCAUUCAGAGUUUUACAAAAUUGGGCUGCACUGGAUACAGACGUUGAAACCCCAGCACAGAGACGAGCUAAUGUAGAUGAAGAAGAUGAUGGUUUACCUGAUACUUUGUCUAAUGAAGAAAUGGUUGAUGUAAGAUAUAAAGGUGGACAUAUACCAUCUAGAGUAUUUAGAUCAUUACAGAAAGCUGUAGGUGAUGAUACACCCGAAAUACCAACACCAACACAGAAUGGAAGUUCUGACCAAAGUCAACCUAGAGGAAUAAAGGUUAUAUCUAAGGCCGUGCCACAAACUGUUCAACAGGGUGAUACUAAUGCCGGUACAGAUUUUUAAGAUGGAAGAAGAAUUAUAAAGUUAUUGUUUUCAGAUUAUUUAUUACAUUGUUAAUAUGAUAGAUAUUUUAAAACUAUUUAAUAUUUGCAUGAAGUCAAUGACACUAGUCGCCAACGUGUAACCCGAAUUGCAUGACAUGUUUUAUGAGUACCCCCCCCCCCCCACCCCUUAGUUUCUUUGGCGGAAAACAUCCGGCCACACUAUAGGCCAAGAGGCUAUCCGUCAAGAGUGUAAUUAGAAGUACCAUUAUUAUAUUGUAUUAAUGAGAUCUAAGCAUUUACGAUUUGUUAACGUAUGAUCUCUUUAAUAUAGAAUCUUUUACUAACAGAAGCAAUGUAAAUAUGUAAAUAUGAAAGAUAUUGAAAGCGACGUAAGAGAGUUGUUUAGGUUUUUAGUUAAUCAAGGAAGGUGUUAGCUUAAGUGAAAUCCUAUUCUUCCGAAGACAACACGAAAUAAGGUUGCAAGAAAUCCAAAUAAAAACAGGAGUAAGACCACCAAAAUUUUACAAAAUUAGAAAACGAAUACUAGAAGUGGUUAUGUUUGAAUCUUUUUAUGUUUUACUAUUGUAUAAUUAAUUAACAAAAUGACUAAUAUUUUUGUAUGUCUUAUUAUGUAUAUAUAUAUAUUCUAGCAAUAGUGAGGAGCUCAUUCAAAUUCUGCCUUCAUCACUAUGGUAACCAAUUGUGCCUUAUGAAUAUGAAGUUAAUGUCUGUAGAAAAUACAACUUAGAAAAAAUAUAUUCUCCCCGCUCUAUGUAAUUGUAUAGUCGUGCCUAUUACACCCUCUUAUACAUAGGGGUGAGUGGUGAGAUCUGCGCUACAUGGAAUGGUAGUUUAACCUAUGCACAUAUUAUGUUUUCUAGAGAACCUUGUUUGUUAUUUACUAGUAUACUUAGUUAUUCUCUAUUAUCCAUGCGUAGAUUAUGUUUUGUUGACCGUUACUUUCAUUUCCUUCUUCCAUCUCUGUACAUAAACAUUGUACCAUGUAUAUUUUCAGAUAAGUAGACCUUUAGUUAUGCGUUUGCUAUGAUAUUUCCUUAUAAGUUAUUCGGAAAAAAUAUAUCUUUUGUGAAAAAUUAAUCAUAAAGUUACAAAAGCUUUGAUAACAAGUUUUCGGGUAAACGGCUUUUUUUGUUCUAUUAUGGAAGCAUUUUGUAGUAGGAUUAUUAAAAUAAAUUUUAAAAAACUGUUAGGCUGUAGAAAAGAUUUAGAUCUCCAAAGUAUUUAUCAAAUUUGAAAUAAAUUAUAUUCGCUUUGUAAUUUAUUUUUCGGUUGCUAUGCCAAUCCCAUUGGGACAGUUUGCUGUGUCAUUGGUGUGUGUUAUGUGUACUUUUAAUCAAAAAUAAAGUUUUAUCCAUAAAUA